AUGUGUGAUGACGAUGAAACCACUGCCCUUGUAUGUGACAAUGGUUCUGGGCUUUGCAAAGCUGGGUUUGCAGGAGGUGAUUCCCCCAGAGCUGUAUUUCCAUCCAUCGUUGGACGACCUCAACAUCAGGGGUGUUUGGUGGGAAUGGGUCAAAAAGACAGCUAUGUAGGGGACGAAGCACAAAGUAAGAGAGGGAUCCUGACACUGAAAUAUUCCAUCGAGCAUGGAAUCAUCACUAAGUGGGGAGAUGACAUGGAAAAGAUUUGGCAUCAUUCUUUCUACAAUGAACUCCGGGUUGUGCUGGAGGAACACCCCAUCCUGCUGACCGAGGCCCCCUUGAAUCCAAAGGCCAACCAUGAAGAAAUGACUCAGAUCAUGUUUGAGACGUUCAAUGUGCCAGCCAUGUACGCAGCAAUUCAGGCAGUGCUGUCUCUGUGUGCAUCUGGAAGAACAACUGGGAUAGUUUUGGAUUCUGGGGAUGACAUCACACCCAACAUGCCCGUUUAUGAGGGCUAUGCCUUGCCCCAUGCCAUCAUGAGACUUGAUCUGGCAGGCAGAGACCUCACUGACUAUCUCAUGACGAUUCUUACCGAGAGAGGCUACUCCUUUGUCACUACAGCAGAACGGGAGGUUGUGAGAGAUGUCAAGGAGAAGCUUUGUUAUGUGGCACUGGAUUUUGAAAAUGAAAUGGCAACUGCUGCUUCCUCCUCCUCUCUUGAAAAGAGCUAUGAGCUUCCUGAUGGACAAGUCAUCACCAUUGGGAAUGAGUGGUUCCGGUGCCCGGAAACUCUCUUCCAGCCAUCCUUCAUAGGGAUGGAAUCUGCAGGUAUCCAUGAAGCCACUUACAACAGUAUUAUGAAGUGUGAUAUCGACAUCCGUAAGGAUCUUUAUGCUAAUAACGUCCUCUCUGGAGGAACCACACUGUAUGCUGGCAUUGGUGAUCAUAUGCAGAAAGAGGUUACAGCUUUGGCUCUGAGUACUAUGAAGAUUAAGAUGAUUGCACCACCCGAACGGAAAUACCCGGUCUGGAUUGGGGGUUCAAUAUUGGCAUCCCUGUCCACUUUUCAGCAAAUGUGGAUCAGUAAAGAUGAAUAUGAGGAUGCUGGUCCCUCUGUUGUCCACUGCAAGUGCUUUUGA